AUGCUUGUUAAAUUCAUUCGUCCUUUUUUGAGAAGCAGAUCAUUUUAUAUGAAAUAUGUUCCAUGUCAAAAUUUAACUACAUCAAACGUGAUUUAUACUAAACCUUCUACUGGAACAGAUUCUGGUUCAUCAUCAAAACCUACUGAAAAAAAAAAACAUUCAACAAAUCAACAAACAAAUCAAGAUCAACGAAAUGAAAAUAAAAAGAUAAAUCGAGCUGAAGCAGAUGUUGAACAAGAAACAUCUCAACAAGAAGGUCCAGCUGAUAAAAAAGCUGAACGAAUAUCAUCAACAAAUACUCAAUAA